GCACAUGAAAAAUAAACGUCAAACUUUUUCGACCUCGUACCUCGCUAGAUUUUUCUUUCUGUGAUAAAAAUCGGUAGUGUAAUUUUCUUUGUAGUCUCGUAUGUGGCCUUAAAACGAACAUCCUUUGAUUAGUUUAUUAAUUUAGAAUGUGUAUAGUGUAUCUCGUAGAAAUAGUGUCGUUAGAUCGCGUGUUCAUAGUGCGUUAAUGUCAUUAAGAGAUCACGAUGCGUAUCGGUGUUGUUUUUUAUUGGUGCGUGUUAGCUCUUCACCUUUGUAAAGCGGAUGAUGUGGAGAGGACAGAGUCUAGAGAAGGUGGAAGAAGACAACAAUACGGUCCUGUUGCAAGGAGCAACUCAUUCGCGAGCGACUCCACAGUGACAAUUGCGAAUGAGCAAAUGGUGAAAUCAACUCUACACGGGCACAACAAAAUACUGCUCGAGGCGUGUCACAACGACGCAUCAUGCCUCCAGGACCGCGCCGGGCUGGAAGCCAUCACACAACUACACAGACAGCUCGACGACGACGCCAACGGGAACGUGGAUCUCAGCGAGAGCGAUGAUUUCCUCCGCGAGGAGUUGCAGUACGAUAGCGGGUAUGAGAAGAGACAGCGCGCCUUCCAUCACAACGACGAUAUGCACAUCUCCGUUAAAGAACUUUGGGAAGCGUGGUUGCGCUCUGAGGUCCACAACUGGACAGUGGAGCAAACAGUCGAUUGGCUGUCGCAGUCAGUGGACCUACCUCAAUACAAAACACUCUUCCUGCAACACAAAGUUACCGGAGCAACCCUACCCAGACUGGCUGUAAACAACAUGCACUAUUUGAGCAACGUAUUGGGCAUCAAAGAUCCGAUACACAAACAGAAGCUAGCUUUAAAAGCAAUGGAUGUUGUGCUGUUCGGUCCACCUAAAGAAGGCAGUCGAUGGAAAGACUGGUUACUCGCAUCGUUACUAUUGGGAGCGGUCGUCGGCGUGUGGGCGGCGUUGCGUGCCGGCCGCGCCAGCCGCACGCAAGUGCAACGGAUGCUCCGUGACAUGGAGCAGUUGAGGAAGGCUGAGAUGGCCUUGGAUAAUAUGCAGAAGGAGCUGGAGAUAGCACGCUUGGAACAGGAAAGCGCUGCUACAGAGAAGAAAAAUUUAGAGAAGAAAUUAAGAGAAGCUGGCGAUACGCCGCUUUUGAAUUCGGCGUCUUCGGACCUUGAAGUAACACAAUUAAAAGCUGAAAUUGAGAUGUUACGGGCGGAGUUACAGCGCGCCGAAGGCGAACUAUCAGAUAGGUGCUGGACACCACCACCUGGGUUGCAGCAGUGGUUGCAGCUCACACACGAAGUAGAAAACCGUGCGUACCUCCGCAAGAAACAACAAGCUGAUUUGCAGCUGCAACAAGCUAGAGAAGCUUGUGAAAAGUUACGCAAGAAACGUACAAGCCUGGUGGGUGCGUUUGUGUCAACGCAUGGCAAGUCGAUAGACGAUGUCGACCGAUCCAUCGUGGAAGCGCGCACCGCACUCAACGAGGUCACCCAAGAGUUACAGGAACGUAUGCACAGAUGGAAACAAAUCGAACGUAUGUGCGGCUUCAACAUAAUCAACAAUAACGGCCUACAGUUCCUUGAAACAACUCUAUACAGAAACAUGAACGGACGCGCCCCCGGUAGAGUGCGUAUGAGCAGUUCACAAGAUGACCUGAGUCUCGGCGACGACGCAUCUCUAUGCGGCUCAGUCGCAGACAACUUCGGUUGGAGGGAAGAUUCAUCGGGCAGUGAGGAGCCUGAAACUCCACAUUACCCAUUGGAUCUAAGACUUGCCGAAGCAAGAUUGCAGUUAGAAGAGCGGCUCGCACAAGAGGCGCGAGAGAGACGACUAGAGGAGAGGCGAGACGACAAGAAGAUGUCCACGGAGGAGUUGCGAGUGAAGAGUUCGUUCAAUGAUGUGAGAAAAAGUCCAGUAGACGACAGACGGAAGGACCAGGUGCAGUUCGUGCUCGGCGGUGACAAUGUGAACUGGACGGGCGAGGAGGUGUCGCGGGGGCUGCAGUCGCAGUCUCAGCCGCAGCUGCGGGCGUCGGUGCGGGGCGCGGGCCCGCUGCCGCCGCCGCGCCGGCCGCUGUCGUCGGGCGCCAUCGUGCGCUCGCGCAGCUCCGACGUGGUGGCGCUCGCAGACGACCCGCGCCCUCCGCCGCGACACCCCUUCACUAAACAGAAGACGCUCGCAGAAGGUCAAAUCCAUUCUGACGCUGCAACACCGACAAGUAACACACCGCCAGAGGAGGAAUCCACUGAUUCUUCGCUUAUGGAAGACGAGAACGUACCAAAAGCUAGAAAGCGACGCAUCCAUCUCCCAUUCGGCAAAAAAGCUAAAACGCCCGCGUGACAUCCCUGCCGAAUGGAGCUGCGAUCGCCUCGCUCCCAGCCACAAUAAGUUGCGAUUUUUAUGGAGUACAUGAAGAAAAUACACAUAGAUAUAUCGAUUAUAAUAGUCAUGACUUAGCGUUUUAGAUCGAUAUUAAUUUA